AUGGAUGGUAAGGACCUCCCCUGGUAUUCAUGCUAUCUUUCGGAUUUGGACCACCGUGACCUGUCGGUAUUACAAUCCCUUCUGCAAUUGGAUUCCUCAUAUGAGCUUCGACUCCCAUCACCCAAUGAACAUCCUUCGUCUCCUCCUGAAGGCUGUAUCACUGUCUUUAGAGAUCAGAUUAUGGGCGGUCUUCGCUUUCCUUUGCACCCCUUUAUUUCAGACUUGUGCCAAUAUUGCGGCAUCGGCGUCUCCCAGUUUGCUCCCAAUGUAUUUCGAGCUAUCUGUGGAACCGUCAUCUUAUGCCCUGCGGACAAGUUGACCGGUGUUCUUGUUCGCUUGUCUGUGUUGAUGCUGGAAGGUAUUUUAUACACCUUCGGUCUUAGUCCCGUCCCUGCAGAAAUCGGAGCUCCCUUUGCGGCUGCUAUCCUCCGUUCCUUCGCCUGCCAAGAGACGCCCGCAGUUGCUGUCCUGGAAGCCCUGCAUCAGGAGCUGACACCAGGCCUACCUUCUGAUCCAGCUGCUGCCUUCGAUCCUCAACUUCCAGUACCCCCGACCUCUGAUGUUGUGAUUGCCCCGCCGCUCGCAGUGUUACCUUCUCCCAGCGCUGCAGACCCAGCAUUGUCCCACACCUCCGAUCAACCUGCGACUGCUUCUUCUCCCACUAGACAGGCUCCCCCUCUCCGUCCUACUCUGCGGCUGCGUGUGACGCGCAAUAGCAAACGGACGGCCCCGGUCACCGCCACUUCUCCUCCACCUUCACAGCGCCAACGCGUGGUGGUUCUUUCUUCCCCCUCCAAGUCUUCGGGCACGAGCUCGGCUCAGGAGACAAGUUUGGGCCAGGAACAGGCCUAUGACCUGGAGGUGGCAGGCCCGCCGUCAGACCGACUUACUACGGCGCCACUCCAGAGCGUGCUACCUGCCCUACCUUCACCUUCUGGUGGCCAACCCCUGGAUUCGUUGACUCCUCCAGCCUCCUCCCCUCUGAUACCAACGAGCUCGGCCGUGCCUAUUUCUGAACCGCCCUCCCCGGACUGGGCCUUUAGGGCCCUCUGGAGGCUUCCUUCGGCGACUGACCCGGCGAACGUGCCGGCUGCUACCUCAUCACCUUUUUUUGGUAGGAUUGACUUCCACGGGGCCUUGGCCAACUCCUGGCAAUCGGCUCAUCGACAGUUCUGGGAAAGUGAAUACCCUCUGGAAGAGCUCGAUCAGGUUGCUUGUUCUCUGGUCGCGACCUGCUCGGCGAGUCUGAGCGUAGUCCAACGAGCGACCGAGCUAGAACGGGAGAAUGUGGCACUCAAGGCCCGUCUCCGGGAACUAGAACCCCCUUCAUCUUCCACAGCUCCUUCUGAGCCCUCCCUGAAAGGCCUGGACUCCUCUCUGCAUGCCGCCGGGGAAUCAGCGGCCUCCGCCCGGGCCCUUUCUGACGCCGCAUUCAACAAACUGCGGGCAUUGGAGGCGGCCUUAAAGGCGACCCAAACCGUGGCCAAUGCUGCUGUGGGUCGGGAAACCACCCUGCGAGCUCAGUGGGAAGCUUGCCAGGCCCAGCUUCAAUCUUUGCAGGCGGAGCUUUCACGGGCCCAGGAGGCAGUGUCUCAGGGCCAGAGUGACCUGGCUGCAGCUCGCGCGGAGGCUACCCAGGACAAGGACGCCAUGGCAGAGUACCUGGCGGGAGAGCUUGGGCGGCUGAAGGCCUACCGCUUGGCCUAUGUUCGUUCUUCCUUUUUCCUUCAGAAGCUGGGGCGCUGGAUGGUCGUGCUGCUGAGUUACGGGGCUGCUGGCGGGGUGAGACAAGCCUUCGAGCAAGGUUAUUUGCGCGCAGCGCCCCCCGCCACUUUCUUGGAUACUGCUCGCCUGGCCCGGGAAUUGCCGCAGGACACAUUCCCCUCCUUCGAGGCGGAUGACGGGCUCUUCUUCCAGGCUGCUCCUCCUCCUGCUGCCGCUUCAACCCCCGUAGAGGUGUCUCCCCAGGAUCUUCCUGCCACCAUCCCCGAAGCUUCUGAAGCCCUUGCCCCUCCUCCUGCUGAACCAGCCGACCCGGCUUCCCCUCGGUCGGCUCCUGAUAACCUGUCUCCUCCUUCUCCGAAUGUAGUGUAA